AUUGGAAGAACAGGUUUUCGUUCUUAGUCAAGUAAGAUUAGUUCAUCGCUUUACCACAAUAUCCUUGUAUAUCCGAAACACUCAAACGCCAUCAGUACAAUAGCUAAACUAGUGUAUAUCGGCCAGUGUCAGCGAGGAAUGUAAAGAAUGACUUAAAGGUGUAAAAAGUGCGAAAAAACAGACCCGCGCGUUUCUUGUGACCACCAGUUUUUUCUAAUUUCGCAUUUUUUUAAAAUUUCCAACAAAAAUGCCUUGUUCCGCGGUUACUCUCAGCCUGGCCACAAUUACAUCCAUCAUUGCGACUGCACUUCUGGCGAUUGCAUUUUCCACAGACAAUUGGCUUUAUAUAGAAGUCAAGAGGAGUAAUAUUUUGAACACAUUAGGAAAACAUUCAGAUGCUCAGAGUCAAGCGUUAUUAGAGAGCGUAAAUUCCAAGUACUAUUAUUAUACCAGAACAAAAGGACUCUUCAGGAUAUGCUACCCUAAAGAGCGACCACCGACAGUGAAAACGUACCUGAGUCCUGUAGAGACUUACUGCAAUAACAUAAAUUAUUAUAUUCCUGAUGAGCAAAAUGAAACCAGAGAUUUCACAGAUGAUGCGUGGACCAGACUACAUAUGGGUCGAUCCAUGAUUGCCCUCUUUAUAGUUGCAUUUGUCUCAAUUUUUGCUGCAUUCUGCACAGGAGUCACAGGAUGCUGGAGAAGAUCACCAGGAAACAUCACAGCUACAGCUAUUUUGAUGCUAUUAGCAUGCCUUCUGAGUGCUGGAGGAAUGGGUCUUUGGCAUGGUGUGGAAUAUUUUGAGAAAGAGAAGGUUGUAGGAGAAGAGUUUUAUCAACAAUGGAGUAACGUCCUUCGGGAUAACGCCAGAGUCAACUACGAUUGGAGCUACAUGCUUGCAUGGGUUGGAGUCGGGUGGUCUCUGGUGGCCGCCAUCUUGUUUUCGGGCGCCGCCAUGUGCCUUAGAGGCGAGCGUGAAAGGGAGGAGGCCAUCAACAUGCAGUAUCUAAUGCCUGUUUAUCCUCAGAAACAGCAAUAUGCAUACGCAGGAUACCCCGUACCUCAAGCACAAUAUGCAGGUCCGUACUACACCACUGGAUCGGCAUAUGGACCCUACAACUAUUGAGAACAAUGACGAGAUGACUCAUUCACUACCAAAUCAUCUAUAGAGAUUUGAACAACGUGCCAUAAGCCAAACUGAAAAUGAAAAGUUCCGCAAUUUCAUCGGUUUAUAAAAAUUGUAUUUAUGUUCCAGCGGAAAGUUUGGCUUCAUGGCAACAAGUAUUUGUUCAAUUGUGCCAAGUGUUCAUUAGUGAAAUAAACUGUUGUUUUCUCGAGAACGCUCUUGAACUUUUUUACUUCUGAUCUACCCAAAAUUCUAGUUUUUAGAUAGCAGAAUACGGCAUCUUGAAUUGUGUAUAUCUUGGAUUAGAUCUGAGAACACAUUCUUAUUUAUACAAAACACUCUUCAUCAGUUAAGAAAUAUCAUAUUUAUAGCUAUUUUUAAUGAUGCAAUAUUUUGUAUAUACAAAUUUGAGCAAAAAAAUUUUUAGCCUUAUUGAAUUUUUGUUUAUUUUCACAGGAUGUAAGAAUAAUUUUAUCCAGUAUUUGUAUGGCAUCUUUAAUCGAUUUGUAUUUGUACCUUAUCAUCAUUAGAUUGACUAUUAAUAAUGUACUGAAUUAAUUAUGUAUGUGCAUGUAGGAAGCUGAACUAUAAUGAAUUCAUUAUUUGUAAUUUAUCCAAUCGAGUAAGAUUUCUGAAUACAUUUUCCGUAAAAAGGU